AUGGCCGCUCGACCCACCGUCACCGUCUGGUCCGCUACCGGCGAGUCUUCAGGCUCUGUCGCCCUUCCCGCUGUCUUCACAGCUCCCAUUAGACUUGAUGUCGUCCAACAAGUUCACAAGUCUAUGGCCAAGAACAAGAGACAACCUUACGCUGUCGCUGAAAACGCUGGUCACCAAACUUCUGCCGAAUCUUGGGGUACUGGUCGAGCUGUCGCUCGUAUCCCCCGUGUAGGUGGUGGUGGUACUCAACGAUCCGGUCAAGCCGCUUUCGGUAACAUGUGUCGAGGUGGUCGAAUGUUCGCCCCUACCAAGACCUGGAGAAAAUGGCACGUCAAGGUUAACCAAAACCAAAAGAGAUACGCUGUCGCUUCCGCUCUUGCUGCUUCUGCUCUCCCUUCAUUGGUCCUUGCCAGAGGUCACCGAAUCGAGCAAAUCCAAGAGGUUCCUCUCGUCGUCUCCUCUUCCAUCGAGUCUGUAUCCAAGACCAAGGAAGCCGUCGAACUCCUCAAAGCUACCGCUGCUUACGCCGAUAUCUCCAAGGUUUCCAACUCCAGAAAGCUCAGAGCCGGUAAGGGUAAGAUGAGGAACAGGCGAUACAGACAAAGACGAGGUCCCCUCGUCGUCUACGCCAAGGAUGAAGGUCUCACCAGAGCUUUCAAGAACGUCCCCGGUGUCGAGACUUGCCCCGUUGAGUCCCUCAACCUCCUCCAACUCGCUCCCGGUGGUCACGUCGGUCGAUUCAUCAUCUGGACCGAGGCUGCCAUCGCCGCUCUUGACUCUGUCUACGAGAAGAAAUCUGGCUUCAACCUUCCUAUCGCCAAGAUUGCCUCUUCUGACGUCACCCGACUCAUCAACUCUGAUGAGAUCCAAUCCGUCCUCCGACCUGCCGGCCCUGCCGUCCAAAAGAGACCCUUCACCCAAAAGAAGAACCCUCUCCGAAACAAGGCUAUCCUCUUCAGACUCAACCCUUACGCCAAGACUCUCCGAAGACAAGAACUUCUCAGACAAGAGCGAAAGAGCAAGGGUUCCGUCAAGAAGUCUAUCCCCGAAGUCGCCGGAAAGGAUUUCCUCGAAAUCCUCCACGCUGCUUAA